UCAGAAACAUGAUUUUCCUGACAAAUAUAAAAAUACUGCAAAUUGUAGUACUAUAGGUUUAUAAUAGUAACACUUGGUGGUUAUUUUAAAGACAAAUGAUAUUUGAUCAGCAUUUGCUGUUUCUUUUGAAUAUCAUGGAGAUGUUAAGAGCAAGGGGAAGCAGCACAAACGGCGUCGUUCAAGUCCCUAAUCUUUUGGGGAAGUUUUUCGUCACGAGCAACCAUUUUUGUCACAGAGACUCUGAGCAUGGUGAGAGACGGGAAGAGGCAAAGAAGAAGGAUGAAGAAGAAGAAGAAGAAGAAGAAGGUAAAGAUAUUGAGCUAACGUUAGGUCUUUCUCUGAAUGGUCAGUUUGGUACGGAUCCGAGAUCGAGGAAACGGAAGAACUUUGAACUGGCUCGAUCUUCUUCCAUACCGGAAGGUUUCGUCUUCGACGGACAAAGAUCCGGCGGAGAUAUGCGGCAGACGGUGGAGCGUGGAGUCUCGGACAUGUUCCAGCUUGAUCGGACUCGUUCUCUGCCUGCCGAAACGGAGACGGAGGCGAAGAGGAAGCGACCGGAGAAGACAAAGGUCCAAGCCGAGGAGAAGCCGUUUCUGUCAUUUAACGUUCCUCCUCUUCCGACAAAGGAGAAGGGAGAGAAAGAUGGUUUUCUUGUCUCCGCUCCGGUCAGCGGGAGGGGCGAAAAUGGAAACACGGCGAAGAAAAAGAACCAAGAAGUUUCGGGGAUGGAGAAGGCUAGGAACAUUUUGGAAGACAUGCCUUGUGUGUCGACGAGGGAUGUCGGAGCUGACGGGAAACGCGUGGAAGGGUUUCUUUAUUGGUACGGAGGGAGCAAGGAGGAGGUGAAGAUCGUGUGUGUUUGCCACGGCAGUUUUCUUUCUCCGGCGGAGUUCGUUAGGCACGGCGGAGGCACCGUUUCCGACGGUGGUGGUGGUGAUGUUACGAGUAACCCUCUUAGAGAUAUUGUUGUUAAGCUUCCUUCUUCUUCUUUGUAGUUCAUAAUACUCUUAUUAGGAACCCAAUUGUUGUUAAACCAUAUGCUAAUUCAUUCCGUUUGCAUA